CACGAACAACACGAAAAUCAGUGAACGAAAAGACGAAAACCAGUUUUUCCAGUUUUUUGUGCCCCCUUGGAUUCCCCCAUGAAUUAAUUGAAUCUAACUUUAUUCCCUCGUUUUCCUCUCCGUUUCAAUGGUUUUGAAGUAUUAUGUCAACUUAAGAAAUCAUGGUUUCUCGUAACUCAUGUGCACCUUAUUGUUUUCAUUUAUUGACAAGUGAUUUUUUUCUCAGGAAUAUAAAUUAUUAAAUGCAUAUGUUUCCAAGUUUCAUUUAGUUCUUGAUUUAUUAUGUAUAUUGGUUCCUAUGGAGCUCAAGGAGUGCUUAACUGAUGUUCAAAACUUUGUGACAGAAAUCGAUUACAGUGAGAUCGAGCCAAUUCAGGUUGUUGGAGAGGGAUCAUUUGGUACAGUAUGGAAAGGGAAAUGGCGAGGAUCUUACGUAGCAGUCAAGCACAUCAAUGCCGAAAAAGAAAAGAAAGCUUUUACCGUUGAGGUUAAGCAACUGUCUAGAGUUCAUCAUCCAAAUAUCAUCAAGCUGUUCGGUGCGUGUACGAACAAUCCAGUAUGCCUUGUUAUGGAGUUUGCCGAAGGAGGCUCCCUGUAUGAUUUUUUACAUAACAGUCAUCCAGCUCCAAUUUACAAUGCUGGACAUGCAAUGAACUGGGCUCUGCAAUGUGCGGAAGGAGUUGCUUAUUUGCAUAAUAUGAAACCUAAGGCUCUCAUUCACAGAGAUCUGAAGCCUCCAAAUUUAUUGUUAGUGCAAAAUGGGAAAAUUUUGAAGAUCUGUGAUUUUGGUACUGCCUGUGAUUUGAAAACUUACAUGACGAACAAUAAAGGUAGCGCAGCAUGGAUGGCACCAGAAGUAUUUGAAGGUUCCAAUUACACCGAAAAAUGUGAUGUUUUUAGUUGGGGUAUUAUUUUGUGGCAAGUUUUAAGCAGACAGAAGCCAUUUGACGAUAUAGGAAGAUCAGCUUACAGUAUAAUGUGGGCAGUUCACAUUGGCAAGAGACCACCAUUAAUAGAAAAUUGCCCGAAACCCAUUGAAUCUUUGAUGACAAGAUGCUGGGAUCAAGCACCAAAUCUAAGACCUUCUAUGAACGAAAUCGUAAGAAUUAUGAAGAUUUUAAACUCAUUCUUCACUGGAUAUGAUGAUCCAAUUAUUUAUCCAGAGGAUUCUGAUUUUGAAAGUUAUGACGAGGAUGAAGACUACUCAGGGAAUUACUCAGAUGUACCGGACACAUAUAUUGAAAGCUUAAAAAAUAGUCAAACUAAUUUGAAUGAAACUUUGCUUCAAAGAGCGAAGGAUCCUGAAUCAUCAUUGACGAAUCCUUUGCACAUAGAUAUAAAUACGGAUGAUGCAGCAGAUGGUCUAGAUAGAAUUCAAGACCUUUCAAUUACACCAACCCCAUGCUCAGCAUUUGAUAACAACAAAAACUUUGAAACUCUGAAAGCUUUACCAGACUGUAAGUACAAUGUUUGAUACUUCAUUUCCAGUAUACAUUUUCGUCUGGAUUUCUUAUCAAAGACAAUGAUAUCUUAAAAAAGGAUACGUUUUUAAGGAGAUCUAGAAUGCUCAGAAGACUUUUUAAUAUUAAACACGUAAAAUUUAACCCGACCCAAUUUGUCAUUUGCAUUUUUGAAAUGUUGAGAAGGGUGUGCAAUUCGUAGUGUUACGUGUUCCCAACUCUCAGAGAACAAUCGUCUCAAAGUGCUGUGGGUGCCAAAAAUUAGAUGAAUCACAAUGCCCUGAGGACAGUAGGGUAGAUAAAAAUUUAAUUUUAAUGUAUGUUUCUUUUCUUUCUUAUCCUGACAAGGUAUAGUAAAUAAAUGGUGAUUGCAAUAGAA